GCUCGUCGUUCAGCCCCAAGAAUUCCGGGAUGCGAAUUGGCCCAUUUACCGAACUCUAAAACACAACGGUACAAAACACUGGCCUAGUACUCCACCGCUUCAGCAUCUUUCCGGUCGCCUAUACUUUCUUGGUAAUGUUCUACGUUGGCGUUUGGUUCAACCAGUUUCCUAUUUCUUAAUUAUGGGGGUGAGAGGCAAAUUCUGGGAUUUACUAAAACCUUACGCCCGUCCCGAAGGACCCGAUUUCUUAAGGGAUAAAAGGGUCGCCGUCGAUCUUUCCUAUUGGAUCGUCCAGCACGAGACCGCAAUUAAGUCCUACGUCCGUAAACCUCAUCUUCGCCUCACCUUCUUCCGUACCAUCAACCUCUUCUCCAAGUUUGGUGCAUUUCCAGUUUUCGUUGUUGAUGGUACCCCGUCGCCUCUGAAGUCCCGAGCGAGGAUUGCGCGGUUUUUUCGUUCUUGCGGCAUUGAUGUCUCGGCUCUUCCGGUGCCUGAAGAGGGUGUUUCGGUCGAGAGGAAUCGCGCGUUUUUAAAAUCCGUUGAAGAAUGUGUGGAAUUGCUUGAACUGUUCGGGAUGCCUGUUCUAAAAGCAAAUGGUGAAGCUGAAGCGUUGUGCGCCCAGUUAAAUUGUGAUGGUCUUGUAGAUGCUUGUAUCACAGCUGACAGUGAUGCGUUCCUCUUUGGGGCUAAAUGCGUGAUUAAAUGCUUCAGGCCUAACACAAAAGAACCAUUUGAAUGCUACCAAAUGUCAGAUAUUGAAGCUGGUCUUGGAUUGAAGAGAAAGCACUUGAUCGCUAUUUCUCUUUUGGUUGGAAACGACAAUGAUCUAAAUGGGGUGCAGGGAAUUGGGGUUGAUACAGCUCUUCGUUUUGUCCAAACUUUCAGCGAGGAGGAGAUAUUGGAUGGAUUAUGUGAAAUUGGCAAAGGAAAUAAUCACAUUCUGCAGGGUGUUUCAAGGCUCGUAAAAAAUGUAAGGCUCAAUCCAUAUGAGAACCCAGCAAAUUCAAAAACUUCUCAUUGUUCCUUUUGUGGGCAUCCUGGGAGCAAAAGAGCACAUUGCAAGUCCACUUGCGAGUACUGUGGCACCAGCAUUGGUGAGGGUUGCAAAAAAAGGCCAGAAGGGUUUAUGUGUAAUUGCAUCUGCUGUGAUAAGGUUCGUAAAGAGAAGAAGCAGCAAAAGCAUGAAAAUUGGCAGGUAAAAGUUUGUAACAAGAUUGCCAUGGAGCCAAAUUUUCCUAAUGACAGUAUCAUUGAAAUGUAUCUGUGCAGUAAUCAUGGAAAAUUUACAGAGGAUAAUGGUCCAUGUUUAUCAUGGGGAAAUCCAAAUACAGAUAUGCUGGUUGAUUUCUUGGUUUUUCAUCGGCUUUGGAGUCCAGCUUACAUUAGGCAGAGAAUGCUUCCUAUGUUGUCCACCAUAUACUUGCGAGAGAAGGCUUUAAAGCUUGAGAAACCAAUGUUAUGUGGGCAAUAUGAAUUUGAUUCUAUUCAGCGUGUCAAAGUAAGAUAUGGGCAACAAUCUUUUGUGAUCAAGUGGAAGAAAGCUGCACACAUGGUUAGCAGCAAUGUCCAUAUGAAUACUGUGGAAGAAUUGGAUAAGCAAGAAGAAGAGAUUGUGGAAAAUGAUGAGACCAUGUCCAUUGAUCAAUUAGAAGAGUGCAAUGUUCCCCACAGUUAUGCUGAUGAUGGAUGUUGGUUUAUUUUGACAGAUGAAAAUAAGGAUCUUGUUCGUGGUGCUUUUCCGGGUGCAGUUGACAGAUUUUUACAGGAGAAAGAACUGAGUGAAUCAAAAAGAAGGAAGUGUUCAAGCUUAAGAUCUGAAGGGUGCAAUGGAAAGUCAGAACCAGAGAAGUCAAGGGCAGUUCAACUGAACAUAACUGAAUUUUACCGUUCCACCAAAGUACAGUUUCAUGCCACUGGAGAAGAUGAUCUAGCGAAUAAUUCUGAAAAUCAGGACAGUGAAGGAUCAAAAUUAAAGAGAAAGGUCUUGAGUUCAAACUAUCCAAAGUCUGUGAGACGCUGCCUUUUGUUCAAGUAGGACAUUCAGGGAGUAGUAAUAGUUAUGUAAGCUGAGGAGUAACUUAUUAAUAUUACGAAUAUGCAGGAAAGGGAGCUUAUGCAAAUUGGCAUCAGGUAGCAAUUUGAGGUGACAGAAGGUAACGUAUUGAAGGUAUUUCUGUAUAUGGUAUU